AUGUCUUCCCCGAAAUCCCGUGCUCAGUCUUCCUCUGUUCCAGUUCUUCCAGACUAUGUUACUGGGGCUGGAAUCGAUAGUCAUGCGAUAGAGGUUAGGAGCAAGCUCCAUCCUUUUGCCCAGAAAAACCUGGAUGAAAAUGUCCUCCAUUUAUUUGAAAACACCUUGGUGCUGGGGCCUCACUGGUUUGGCCCCGUUCCUCCCGAGAUGGCGGAGUUGAUGAAGAAGGAUGCUGAGGCCCCGCUAUGUUUCGAGAGCUCUUCUGCCCUGGCUUCUCAUUCUUGGGUCAGCAAGAAUUUGAGUCGUUCGUUCCCAUCCAGUGAGGUGAGAAAUAGUCCAAUCAAGUGGGCUGAUUGGAUUGACAGACUUCUUCCUCGAUUUGGGGCUCACUGGAAGCGGGCUGGAAUCCAUGACGCCAUUCUCCUAUCCAGGCAAUCUAUCAACAGGGAUGAGAAUCUGCUUGCUGCUGCUUUGUGCUUCUGGAACUCUGCCAGUAACACUUUUGAUUUCCGUAUAGGCCCCAUGGCUCCCACUCUGCUGGAUAUGGCCCAGAUUUUUGGUUUUAGGCCUCACGGAAGACCUGUUGAUGCCAUUGGUGAUUAUCACAGGAAGAAGGACCAGCAGAAGCUAGCCAAGCCAUUCACUAUUUCCCCAGCCUUGAUCAACCAGAAUUGCUCCUUCUCCAACUAUCUUAGAAAAUUUAGUGCUGAGAAGGACAAAGAUCAGCAGCAUAUGUUGUUUCUCCUGUAUUGGCUGAACAGGUUUAUUCUGCCCAAUCGUUCUUCUGCAGUUCUGCUUGAGUACAGACAUCUGGCAGAAGCUCUGCAUAAUCACACUGAUGUUGGCCUUGGACCUACAGUUCUGGCCCAUCUGUUCAAGAACCUGCAUACCGCUACUCUGGAGUAUCCGCUGAAUCUGUCUGCUCCUGGUGCCUUCUGGAUGAUUCAGAUCUGGCUGCAGGUCUAUUUUCCUGAGUUAAGGUAUCCAGACAUAGUUCUGCCUGAGAACCAAGUUCUGGCUCAACCGUUGCUGUCAGCAGAAGUCCCCAAGCGGUCAAUUGGUGAAUACCUGAUGAUGUUCAGGCAUUGUACCAAGAGGUCUGCAGCGCAGUGGCAGAUGGUGAUUAGGAGGACCUAUCCUUGGUUUCAGCCUGGACAUCGUCUGUUUGAGAAAGAGCCAGAAGAAGAAUCCGCCAGAACUGAUUUUAGGAAGAAGUUCCUGAGUGUGACCUUACCCAGGGAUCUGCCUCAUGGAGGGGGAAAGCCUCCAAAUUAUCAUUUGGGGGCGGAAGUCUACCAUCCCAACUUCUGUGCAAGGCAGCUUGGCUGUCCUCAGCUCAUACCCCUCAAGUCAUACAGAAGCUGCAAUCGGGGUUCUUCUUGGAGGGAUGCAGAUGACUUGGAGGUCCAUAAAGACGCCAGGUGUGCCGUGAACAAGAUUAACAACAGUGCAGAUGCCCUUUAUCCUUCCUGGGAAUUGAACUCCUGCAGUUCUGUGGAGUUUGAUGCUUGGUGGAAAGCCAGAUUCCGUGAUCUGCCUGCUUCUAGCACCGCACUUCAAGUCCUUUUUAAAGGCUGGGACAAUUGGAAUGUCCAUUCAGACGACGAGACUCACAGAUUCAUGGUGCAGACCAUCAAAGACAUCAACAUGCAAAUUAUAGAAGAUCCUUCUCUGACAAAGAAUAUAGGCAGUCAACCAGCCCAAAGCGGAGAGGUGUUUGUCAAUUCUGUCAUUGCUGCUGGAGAUCUGGAGUUGCCCUCCGGGGAUGGAGAGGAGGAAGAAGAAGAAGAGAAGAGGGAGAUCAGGCAGAACAGACUCCUGUUGAGGCCACUUCUCCCGUCAGAAGAAAAGAAAAGAAACUGCCCAGUCUGCGGCUCCAGACUUAGAAAGAAGAUUGCAGAAGAAUACGUGGCCCCGGAGGGAACUGGGGCAGUUCCUACCACCACUUCCGGCACGGAUGAUGAUCUGAGAGAGGCUUUCGAAGCUGUGGAGCAAGAAAGGGAGCUGGAAGAGCUGGAAAAGGUAGGAGAGGAGCCCCAGGAGAAGGCCAAGUCAGUGGAGGAGGAGGAGGAAAUUCCUGCUGAGGUGAUAGCGGAGAGCAUUGCCUUGGCUCGGAAGCAGCAGGAAGAUAUAGGGGCAGGGCUGACCAACUCAGAGGUGGCCCUUUUUGAUGAUCCAGAGGCAGAACAUUCCACUGCCGCUCCAGCAGCUGAGGACCAAGUGGAACAAUCCGGAUCGGAGCCUGGGGAUCAGGCAGAACAAGUGGUUCCUACUCCUGAAAUUGUAGCAGGAGUGGCUGCUGCCGUUCCUGGGUUUGUGGUGGAAGCACAAAGAACUGCUGGGACUUUGGCGGUGAGGACCACCCCCUUGCAGCCUCCGAUUGUUGCAGUUCAUCUGCCACGGCUUCUUUUGCUGACCCGGAGCUGGCAGAAUUUGAAGCCAUGGACCUAG